GUCGUUCUGAUUUCGUCUCUCUUCUCUUUAACGUCGUUCUCGUUCCUCUCUCUCUCUCUCUCUCUCCAAUUUCCCUGCGAAAAUCAAAGAGACUAACACAGAGAGCUUCUUCGAUUUUCUCUCGAUCUGUAAAAUCUCAGAUUUUGAUUUUGGAAAAGAUUUUAGCUCUUCUUCUUUGUUGCUGGGUCUAUUUCUGGGUCUCGAACUGAUUUAUAGAGUUAGGUUCUCCGAUGAUAGAGCUCAUCGGCUUGAGAUAGCUACUGAGAGUUCUGGAUUUAUCUUUAUCUUGAGACGAAAAAUGUCGACGAAGAACAAAGUAGAGUAUACUUCUAGAAGCUUCGUAUCGAGAAAAUGGACGAUAUUACUCUGCUUGGGAAGCUUCUGCGUCGGAAUGUUCUUCACCGAUCGGAUGUGGAAUAUUCCGGAAUCUAAAGGCAUGUCUCGUCCAUCUGUAACCGAAGCUGAGAGAUUGAAGUUGAUCUCUGAAGGUUGCAAUCCAAAAACUCUUUACCAGAAAGAAGUCAAAAGAGAUCCUCAGGCUUUGUUUGGAGAAGUAGCCAAUACACAUAUUGCAUUACAGACAUUGGAUAAGACCAUCUCAAGCUUAGAGAUGGAGUUGGCUGCAGCAAGGUCAGUUCAGGAAUCUUUACAAAACGGUGCUCCUGUAUCAGAUGAUAUGGGGAAGAAGCAACCUCAGGGAAAGAGACGGUUUUUGAUGGUCGUUGGGAUUAACACAGCUUUUAGUAGCAGAAAGAGAAGAGAUUCUAUUAGAGCAACGUGGAUGCCUCAAGGUGAAAAAAGGAAGAGACUAGAAGAAGAGAAGGGGAUUAUCAUCCGAUUCGUCAUUGGUCACAGUGCCACGACCGGGGGAAUUCUAGAUCGAGCUAUAGAAGCUGAGGACAGGAAGCAUGGAGAUUUCUUGAGACUGGACCAUGUUGAAGGGUACCUAGAGUUGUCAGGCAAGACGAAAACUUACUUUUCUACAGCAUUUUCCAUGUGGGAUGCAGAUUUCUAUGUCAAAGUAGAUGAUGAUGUUCAUGUCAAUAUAGCAACUCUUGGGGAAACUCUUGUCAGACACCGGAAAAAACCACGGGUCUAUAUUGGUUGCAUGAAAUCUGGCCCUGUCCUCUCUCAAAAAGGGGUGAGGUACCAUGAGCCAGAGUACUGGAAAUUUGGUGAAAAUGGGAACAAAUACUUCCGUCAUGCUACUGGACAAUUAUACGCCAUUUCAAGGGAUUUGGCUUCUUAUAUAUCAAUCAAUCAGCAUGUUCUUCACAAGUAUGCGAACGAAGAUGUUUCGUUAGGAGCUUGGUUUAUUGGGAUUGAUGUUAAACACAUUGAUGACAGAAGAUUAUGCUGCGGAACUCCUCCUGAUUGUGAAUGGAAAGCACAAGCUGGAAACAUCUGUGUAGCAUCAUUCGACUGGAGCUGCAGUGGAAUCUGCAGAUCAGCAGAUCGCAUCAAAGAGGUUCAUCGACGUUGUGGUGAAGGCGAAAAGGCUCUUUGGAGUGCCACAUUUUGACAUAUAAACAGAGGAAUGAUAAAAACAUAACUGUUUUGCUCAGCCCCCAAAACAGCUCAAAGAUCAAGAGGAAGGUUCAGAGAUACAAUUCCAAGAGAUAUCCACUCUUGUAUUCAUAGGUAUAUAGAAGAGGCAGGAUUAGAGAUAAGUGAGAAAACCUCUGGCAAGAAUCGCGAUUGCGUAUUGCGAUUGUGGCGUUUCCAUUUUGAUAAAAGGAAACUGAUCACUGCAGCGAACGCCCCUGCUGUUUUGUUCGUUUUGGGUGGCUUGAAGAUGGAUUUUUACAUCAAAAACAAAACACUAUGCCCUGAUUCUUUUGGCUCCAAAAUACUAUUGCAUAGACAGAAAUCGGAUUCUAUGUAAUAAAUAACCUCUCUGGAAAUCAUUAGGCACCACAAUAAACUUGUCAAACUUAACAAUGUCUCUGAAAUCACUUUUGAAAAGUAUAAUUUGGGAAAGUAGGAUAAAAUUAGAGACUUUUAUUUGUUGGUCACAUACUCACAUGUCAACACGCAGACACUUAGUUCUUUUGGUGGUACUAAAGGUUUGGGUUUUGGUCGUGUCAGAGUCCCGAAAAGCGACUUCUGACUCGAAAGUCGAAACCCUUGUGAGAGAACUUGGAGAUGCCGAAGAAGGUAACUCCGACGAGUACUGGGACCGGUUUAUUGAGCUAUUCUGCAGAAUCUGAGGGUCAAGUCAAGUGGUCUCUCCUCUCUCAUUGCCUUAUCUUAUUAAAGGUGUGAGUAAUGUUAUACACGUAUCUACAUGAAGAGGAGGAUAUUAAUAUCCAUUUAUGA